UUGUUUUUUGUGUCAUUUGGGCGAAUACAUGCCGUCGUCUAUAUAUACCCUGUAGAACCGAAUUUGUGUGAAAAAAAUGACAGUCACAGAUUCGAUUCUAGGGGAGUAUAUGGUCGAUGCAAGAACUUCGAACAAAACUUUGUCAUAUGUUUUUUGCCAUCUAAUGUACGGGCAAUAUGUGCAAACUGGUUAUAUGUGCGUUGGAAAAUGACAGCUGGCAACGAAGAACCACUUUCGUACAGUGGAGAAUAUUAAAUGAUAAGCAUAUAAUUGCAUAAUUGCAUAAUAUGAUUAUAUGAUUCUGAUUACUGGAGCUGUCAAGAAAUGCUUUGAUCAGUCGAAUCAGCAUUGCCUCUAGUUAGCACUACAUGGUGUUGUGUGCUGCGUUUCUUCCCGUUUUCACUAAAACAAGUCAACAUUUUAACCUUCUGUAUAGUGUUCAGAUCUGAGUUUUACACAGGACAAAGAGCAAUAAUUAACUUGAUCAAUAUUUUGUAUAAAUGUUAACAAACCUUGCACAUCCAUUGCUCCCGGGUCUUACCUUAUGAACUGCCAAGUGGCUAUUCUCUUUUAUGUGGCGUUUGAUUAUUGAUUGGCACGGCGCAUUGAUGGCGAACCAGGGCGCCCUAUACAGCGAGCUGAAAGGAUGAGAAGCGCUGGAACGAUGAGACUCCAGUAACUUCUGCGUGACCUCUACAUGACAAAGACGGUCUCCAUCAAUUGUCUGCUGGCAUUAUGUGACUCUUUUUGUGCCUUGGGCCGUUUUUUAUCUUUUGUCUUGUUUUGUUUUUACCAGUCAAAAUCCCUCGGUUGGGUUUGAUUUAGCUUGGUUGAAUAUUAAUUUACCAAAUGGGCCACAUGCACAUUCGUGUGAUGCAAAUACAUGUUUUUUAUAUGAUAUAAUGAAAUGUGUAGUAAGCAGGAAUUCUCCCAUGUGAUGCUGGGUAUUGCCAACUGUGUCUCAAUACACUAACAGAAUUUGUUUGUUUGUUUAUUCAUUUAUUUUCUACGAAGACCGGACAUUUAAUCAAUUUAGGUUUAUAUUACAUUGUUACCGUCCUAAUUGAGAGAUAAUGUGAAGUUUGUGAAAUUCACUACUAGGUGUGCACAGCUUCUUCUCGGUUGAUGAAGUCCCUCCACCUCGAUUGGCCGAGCUGGUCACAUGGUAGCCUAACUUUAUUCAGUUGACAGCAAGUAGGAGGGCUUUAUGGAGGGAGGAAAAAAAGACAACUCGAGAAAAAUUAGUAUUUCCUACCUUCAGAAAUUAAUGGCCAUGAGUUCGUACAUGGUGAACUCCAAGUAUGUGGAUCCCAAAUUUCCUCCUUGUGAGGAAUAUUCUCAGAACAGCUAUAUACCUGAACAGAGCCCAGGCUACUACAGUCCGUCGCAGGACACUGAUUUCCAGCAUCCCGGAAUCUAUUCACGGUCAAACUACUCUGAACAGCCUUACAGUUGUAACACUGUCCAGGGCUCGUCGGUGCAGCCGCGGGGUCAUGUGCAGGAUCAAGCCAGCCACCCCAGCCCUUUCCCCGCACAGACAGAGCAGUGUCCUGCGGUCCAGAUAUCCGGACCGAGGACUUGUGGACAGCAGCAAAACACAAAGAGCCAGAACGGGAUACCAGCCAAGCAGCCCGCUGUAGUUUAUCCGUGGAUGAAGAAAGUGCACGUUACUACGGUGAAUCCGGAUUACACAGGAGCGGAACCCAAACGUUCUCGGACAGCCUACACGAGACAGCAAGUUCUCGAACUAGAAAAGGAGUUUCAUUUUAACAGGUAUCUUACAAGACGGCGUCGCAUUGAAAUCGCGCAUACCCUCUGUCUCUCUGAGCGACAGAUUAAAAUCUGGUUUCAGAACAGAAGAAUGAAAUGGAAAAAGGAUCACAAACUACCUAACACGAAAGGAAGAUCGGCGUCAGUUGGAAAUCAGCAUGCACAACACGCUCAGAAGGACAACCAGACAGAGAUCACAACUUUAUAAGUGGAUAUCUCUCCCUCCCUCCAGAUGUACAGAUGAACUGUAUGUAAUAGACAAUGCUUCGUUUGACAUUGCAUGGUAGCAAAUCAUGACAUGUUGGGUACAAGUGCCAAAAACUGAGAACCAGAAGCACACACCAUGACUAAACGCAGCGUAAAGCUGCUAUGCGUAAAAAACCCAAAUUCCAAUUAUUCCAGUAUUGUAAUCCUUUGUAACUGAGGCAAAGAGGAUAUGAGGCAUCGAAUGAUUGUUCACAUGCCACCACGAGGUACAGUAAAACGUUAGAAAGCUCACGCUAUUUUACAAAACUUGCCAAAUUUGUUUCAGAGCAUGGUUCGAUUUAGUGACACUAUCCACACCUUUUAAAAAAAUCUCUGUACAUCACCCGUUUCCUCCUUUAAAGCGUAUUAUGGCAAGUUUACGCCUAUGGCGAGUCAAUUUAUCUUAACUUAAUCAUUAAAGAGAACUUAAGUAAUGUCCAACAUAAAAUAAAUUGCGAAUGUCUUAGCUGUUUUUUUGUUUUUGUUUUUGUUUUUGGUACUAAAGUCGACUGGGUGCAAGUAAUAAAAACAAAAUAAAAUUAGUUAAUAAUAAGGAAAAAUCGUUGCCUGGGAAAUUAUUUAUUUGUAGACUGAAAAGCUGAAGAAAUGUCCUUCUGAACCUCGCUUACUGUGCGCGCCUCGUUAAUGGUUUACUUUCUAAAAGACUAUAUUUCAGUCAAGAAUUUUUUAACCUGAUAAUGUAAUUUUUAAGAAUUUCGUUAUAGAUGUUUUACAUAAUAACAUUACAUGUUAUUGCAGCUUUUAAAAAUGUCCUAUUUAAUCGAGAGAAAAAAGUCUCUUUUGGACACGAAUAUUCCAUGCCUUAUACUCCACUAUAAAUCCCGCCCGACAUCUUUGUAAACACUAUAGCUACAAUUGCAGAAGCAGUAUUUCUGUCUUCCAGAUGUUACCUGAAAUUCUUGAAGAGCAGCUUUUUAUUUUGCAUUUUAGAUACACGUUUAGUCCUCAAGAUGUUUGAACCUUCUAUUUAUUAAUGUUAAAAGCUUUAUGUUCUACGUGAACGUAAUUAUCCGUUCAAUAAUUAUCAAAUGCAGUUUUGAGUUUCUUAAAUAUAUGUAUAUAUUUCUGUAUAUUGUGCAUAUUUUCUACAGGCAUAUUUUGCAGUAAUUAAAUAAAUAUUAUGCAGAGAGGUUUCACUCAAACUGCGUCAUAUUGUGUUGAAAUUAGAAACUCUUGAGAUAGGGAAAACACGUUUUAUCAAGCACUUUCAUACACAUGUUAUUUUUGAGAAGGGAUUGGUGUUCAGUCUGAAAUGGU